AUGCCAGUCAUGGUAAAAGUUGGGAAACUCAUCAAACCCCAUCAACAACUCUGUUAUGCACAUGGCAUCCAAUUGGCUGUUUUGGAUGUUAUUUAUAAACAAAAUACUUCUUCACGUAGUGGCCACGAAGCAUCAAAUGAAGAAAUGUCAGUGCGAAAUGAGACAGUUAGUGAAAGAGCUGAUGAGAAUUGUGACAAUGACUUGGAAAAUGACGAAAAUGACAUUUUUGAUUUGUCUUUUCCUACACAUACAAGUGAAAUAAACCUGACUGUGGAAUAUGCAGAAGUUGUUAAGAAGGUACGAAAAGUAGUAAAACUAUUUAAAAAUACACCUACUAAAAACGAUCUGCCGCAGACGUAUAUGACAAAAGACAUGGGAAAAAAUAUUGCUUUAUUGUUGGACUGUCAAACAAGGUGGUCAGGGCCUGUGCGAAAUGAUAACAAUAUUCAACAAAAUAAGAUCGUGUGUAUCGAAAACCCUGAUUGA